GAUCCGCUCGCUUAACCAGUGCGCUGGCGAGACGCGCUCAGAUAUACUGAGCGAGCGCUGAGAAGCAGUCUCAGAUCCUGACGGUGCAGCAGCCCGCAGCCUCAGCCAGGGAGUCCCAGCCGCUUUCAAUGGAGGAGAAGCCCGGCCAGCCACAGCCUCAGCACCAUCACAGCCACCACCAUCCGCACCAUCACCCCCAGCAGCAGCAGCAGCAGCAGUCGCACCACCAUCACCAUUAUUACUUCUACAACCACAGCCACAACCACCAAUACCACCACCACCACCAGCAGCCUCACCAAUACCUGCAGCAUGGAGCCGAGGGCAGCCCCAAGGCCCAGCCCAAGCCGCUGAAACAUGAGCAGAAACACACCCUCCAGCAGCACCAGGAAACGCCGAAGAAGAAAACAGGCUAUGGUGAAAUAAAUGGUAAUGCUGGAGAAGUAUCUUUAAAGAGCCUCAAUUCUGAUGAAGCUACUAACCCUAUUUCUAGGGUCCUCAAUGGCAACCAGCAAGUUGUAGACACUAGCCUGAAGCAGACUAUAAAGACCAGCACCUUUGGGAAAGCAGGAAUUAAAACCAAGAAUUUUAUUCAGAAAAACAGUAUGGACAAAAAGAAUGGGAAGUCUUAUGAAAGCAAAUCUGGAGAGAACCAGGCUGCAGAUAAGACCGAUAUUGUAGCAAUUCCAAAUGGUGUUAUAACAAAUAAUUCAGGCUAUAUCACUAAUGGUUAUAUGGGCAAAGGAGCAGAUAAUGAUGGUAGCGGAUCUGAGAGCGGAUAUACCACUCCUAAAAAAAGGAAAGCUAGGCGCAAUAGUGCCAAGGGUUGUGAAAACCUUAAUUUAGUGCAGGAUAAAAUAAUGCAAGAGACUAGUGUCCCAGGAUUAAAACAGGGACUUGAAAGUUUAAAGCCUGACUAUAGUGAACAAAAAGGAACUCGAGCAGAUGGUUCGAAGCCUAUUUGGAAGUAUGAGACUGGACCUGGAGGAACAAGUCGUGGAAAACCUUCUGUGGGUGACACACUUCGUAAAAGUUCAGAUAUUAAACCCGGUUUGAGCAGCAAAAAGUUUGAUGAUCGGCCUAAAGGAAAGCAUGCCUCAGCUGCUGCCUCCAAAGAGGACUCAUGGACCUUGUUUAAACCACCCCCAGUUUUUCCAGUGGACAAUAGCAGUGCUAAAAUAGUUCCUAAAAUAAGUUAUGCAAGCAAAGUUAAGGAAAACCUCAACAAAACUGUACAGAACUCUUCUGUGUCACCAUCUUCAUCGUCAUCUUCUUCACUAUCUACUGGGGAAACUCAGACCCAAUCUUCAAGUCGAUUAUCCCAGGUCCCCAUGUCAGCUCUGAAGUCUGUUACUUCUGCCAACUUUUCUAAUGGGCCUGUUUUAGCAGGAACUGAUGGAAGUGUGUAUCCAUCAGGGGGUCAGCCACUGCUAACUACUGCUGCUAAUACUUUAACACCCAUCUCUACUGGGACUGAUUCAGUUCUUCAGGACGUGAGUCUGGCUUCAGCAGCUGUUGAACAAAUUAAGUCUAGCCUUUUUAUCUACCCUUCAAAUAUGCAAGCAGUGCUGUUAAGCACUGCACAAGUAGAUCUGCCCUCGCAGACAGAUCAGCAAAACCUGGGAGAUAUCUUCCAGAAUCAAUGGGGUUUAUCAUUUAUAAAUGAGCCCAGUGCUGGCCCAGAGACUGUUAUUGGGAAGUCAUCAGAUCAUAAAGUGAUGGAAGUGACAUUUCAAGGAGAAUAUCCUGCCACUUUGGUUUCACAGGGUGCUGAAAUAAUUCCCUCAGGAACUGAGCAUCCUGUGUUUCCCAAGGCUUAUGAGCUGGAAAAACGGACUAGUCCUCAAGUUCUGGGUAACAUUCUAAAACCUGGGACUACUGAGAGUGGAGCCUUAUCCUUGGAACCCAGUCAUAUAGGUGACCUGCAAAAAGCAGACACCAGUAGUCAAGGUGCUUUAGUGUUUCUCUCAAAGGACUACGAAAUAGAAAAUCAAAAUCCUCUGGCCUCUCCUACGAACACUUUGUUAGGCUCCGCCAAAGAACAGAGAUACCAGAGAGGCCUAGAAAGGAAUGAUAGCUGGGGUUCUUUUGACCUGAGGGCUGCUAUUGUAUAUCACACUAAAGAAAUGGAAUCUAUAUGGAAUUUGCAGAAGCAAGAUCCCAAAAGGAUAAUCACUUACAAUGAAGCCAUGGAUAGUCCAGAUCAAUGAAGGACCAGACUGCCUAUUUGUAACCUUUCUGCAGCAUUAGAGCCACCGUUCAUGGGGGACACAAGGCUUUUAUGCUCCUAGAUCUUCAACGCAGCAGAGGAACCAUAAGUAGAAUCACAGGAUAAUAUAUACAAAUAUAUAUAUAUACAUAUAUAUAUAUAUAUAGUUAUUUAAAAAAGGCAACUGAAAGUAAUUAGACUUCUUAAGGAAUCAAAUUUAUUUCAAGAGACUACACAUGGUUAUUUAAUCUCCGGUACCGAAUAGUCUUUUUUUUUUUUUUUGUUAGUUUUUGUUGUUAAGUGUGAAUGCAAAUGAUUAAUGAAUACAGACUUAACAAGCGUGGUUCUAAAGUUCCUGCUGUCAUCGACUUGGGCAACAAAUGACCCACUGGAAAGGCAAAUCCACUUACUAGGUAUCUCUAUCUUGUUCUGUGACUAAAGUGAUACACUAAUCACGGGGAACCCAGAAUGACGCAACAUUUUCCCCUAUUCCGCCCUUGAUCUUUUGGUUUUAUUUUGAGCCCUGCCAGAAUGCUGGAUAAAUGCCUUGAAGUUUGCAGGGAUGUUUUUUUGUUGUUUGUUUUUUGUUUGUUUUUUUUAAUCCAAUGAUUUGCAUGUCUUGCCAGGAGUUGUGCAGCCUCUGUGGGGUGUUGGGGAAAUAGUUCCUUCCUUUCCUUUUAUUUUUUUGUGGGUGGGGAUAGGGGGAGGGCAUUGAAGUUCUACAAUCCUGGAAUAGUUUGUGGGCACAUAGUUAACUUUGGUUAAAUGUUUGACUUUUAACAGCUGACAAAUCCAAUAGUGUCAUUUAAAGCAGAACAAGUAAUUGGCUGAUAAUUAUCCAUUGUAAUUGUGUAACUGGGAGCAAAAAUAUAUUCUGCUUUUCGCUGUAGGUGCUCAGACUUGCUCUCUGUCACUAACACUAAGCGUGUACUCCUUUUUCAUCAAACAUCUAAGAGAAACUUAUGUAUCUUUCUGUAAAUUUUUAUAAUUUCAGUUUCUCAGCUAAGUCUAAAAAGGAAAAAAAAAGUUCAUGGAAAAUGUCUUUUAGCCAGUGAGGAGGUAAUAAACACUGCUUGUAAAAGGUGUGUUUUCAUGCAAAUUCUACUUCUGAGCUUACUAGCUUCUAAUUAUAUCUUAAUAUAUUUUAUUAGAGCAAGAUUCUUUUUGUUUUUAUUUUAAGGAAAAUAAUGUGAAAUUCUGGAAAUUUUGUUUGGGGCAGAAAACAGCAUUAGCCCUGUCUUAUCAUCACAUUACCAUCCUGUUAUGUUGCAGCUUGUGUAUUGCAUAUGAGAGAGUGAGUGAGUGUAAGUGUGUGUGAAUUGUGGGUCCAAUUUAAGACUGGGUGAUGUUAGUGGCAUAACAAGUUCUCUGGCCUGAUGCAUCACAUCACACACAUACAGAGAAAUAUUAAUGUAUCCAUGUAUGUCAAAUACAAGUUAAAAUAGCGGGGCAUUUACAGGGUUGCAGUCUUCUAACAAAGGCAAACUGGAUCCCCUGGACAAAUUUGGGGAGAAAGUACUUUUUACUCUUGUUUUCUAAGAAAUGUCCAGUUUUGAGAGAUUGUAGUAUGGAUGGAGAAUUUUCUGGUUUUGUUAAUUAUUUCAGGUUUUUAACAAAUAGUUCAUGAAAGAAGCUAUUUGAUUUACCGCAGAGAAAAAUACUUUUUAGUCUGGAUUUCUGCCCUGCUUAGAUUUUUAAAACAGUAUAAGCAUGGAAUGCCAAUUCCACGUGAUGUAAACAAAAACUUUUUAUACGUAAUAUAUAUAAUAACUUAUUGUAUCAGUCCAGGUUCAGAAACUUGUGGUAGGCCAGUUUCAGAUAGUUUCAUUUCACCUGUAAACUGUAUCACUUUUACUGAUAUUGUAAUUUUCAAAUGUAUAAUAUGUUUACAGAUGUGCCCUGCAUUUAGUGCUUUGUUCCUAUUUUUAUUUUCUUUUUCCUUUUUGUUCUUGUUGAGUCUCCUGCUUGCUUGCCAAAAGCUAGGAUGCUUCAGGCCCGUGUACAAAUCAAAGUGAGGCAUCCUUGAGCUUUAAAGCAUUGAACAAACUGGAAAAUGCAACACGCCACAUACUGAACUGAAAAAAGUCUUGUGUUUUGUGUUUCUUUUUUUUUUUUAAUAAAAAAUUUCAAAAAGUUCAAAAAAGGGUUGACUAAAGAAAAAAGAGGCUCCAGUUUGUUUUAUAGGUUUUAAAGUUCUGUGUGUUUGAUUGCCUUUGUGUAACCACUUGUCGCCUUAGGGCCAAAUCCUUCACCCCAGUUUUUUUAACGUCCAUUUUGCUUGUCUGGAAUUUUAAAGUUCUUCUGUUGCACAAAUCACAAAAAAACUUCCUUGGUUUGUGUCAUACAAGGUUGAACAUAAUCAAAAUGGAAAGAAAAAUCCAGUUUCCUGAAUUGGGCUUUUAAACUUAGAAGUAAUAUUUAGUACCUUUAAAAGUCUUCACUUUCAUAAUUCCUUUUCUGUAUCCUUCAGGCCUCUGUUCAGAGAAGCUAAAGAGAAUGUACCCCUUCUCUGUCCAAAGGUUGAGUCUCACUUCUAAAUGAAACAAUGCAACAUUUCACUUUGUUUUCUCCACUGAUAUUUUCUUGAUUGAUAUAGUUAUGAGGUAUAUAUAGUAUAGAAAUGUCUCAACUUUCUGGGAUCCCUUGUGGCCCAUCAUUUACUGUCAGUAUUUUUUGGACAUUGGGUUAAUGGACUUAAUUGCCUCAAUACAAGCAGGACUUUGGGACAGAUCUCCUUUGUGCUGUUUGAUACUUGUCUCAAUCUUUCUCCUUAGGUCCUCACACAAUUCCUUACAGAGCACUUAUUAAAAAAAAGUCUUACGAGUUCAUCUGUUUUCUGAUUAUUUUUGUGUAAGCUUCUAAAGAAACAUCAGCUGUGAUUAAUUUAGCACAUUUAAAUAACAGUAUGUUGAUGGUAUAAAGAAUUUUCCUUCAACUCAGAGUAUUAGUACUGUAGCAUAAACCAAAUACAGUCUAGAGGGGAUUUUUAACAUCCCUACAUUUAAAUGACUGAAAAAGAUGUGUGUGUAUGUGUGUUGGGGUGCUUGUGUGUGAGGGAAAGAUGAAGAUACUAAUAAUGAAUGUAUGUGUAAGACAUAUUAGUAUUCAGAGAAUGAAACUUGUAUUUAUUUUGGCCAUUUGUUUUCAUUACAGGAAUAAAGUUGGGUGGUUUAAAUCCUUAAAGGGAUAGUACUAGAAAAAAUGGCACUAUGGAUGAAAUCAUGACCUAUUUUUUUAGUAACUAAGAAAUAAUUAUGGGUGAUGAUUUCUUUCAGUUUGUCUUGAUUGUAGGUUUUGCGUCACAUACCACUCACGUGUAAAAUGUCUGGAAUAAUCUCCCUUCCCCACAAAAGACAGGGUGUAUUUAUCUUUUCUCUAUUCACCCCCACUUCAACAACCUGAAGCUAAUUGCAUAGUGUUUCCUCUAACUUUAGUAAUGAACUUUCACAUCAAUAAAGUGUGUUUAUGGUGUCUAAGGUAGCCUGCCCUUCUCUACUUUCUAGGAGGGGAAAACCAAUAUCUAGAGACUUGUCAGUGACAGUUCUUUACUGUCUUUCAUCUACUUUCCUGGUUACUCAGAAUCUGCAAAAAUUUCACAAAGGAAAAAAGUGCUGUGAUUUUUUUCUUUAAAUGACAGUUUUAAGAGGAAAAUAGGGUAAACCUCAAAUGUUGUAGUAGUUUAUUCACAAAAUAGGACACAGUAGCAGCAAUUUCACACUUGUUUGUUAGACUUAUUGAUAGCCCUCACCAAAAGCUGCUUUUUCUUUUGUAAACUUUAAGAUCAGGGUGUGUAAUUGUGAACUUCUACUAGAUUGCCAUAGGCAAGAAGUUUAAGACUUGGCUCAACUUAAAAGUCUGUCCAAUGGGGUAUGUGAGGGUGUCUCUUCAAUCACUUAAUGCUCAAAGUGCUAGAGGUUUGGUGCCACUGGACCAUAUCUUCACAUAACACAGUUCGUCUGAAGAACUAGUACAGUGUAGUGUGUCAAAUAAAUAUAAUGAACAGUAGCCUGUUGACUAUACUAGACUGGAUGGAUUUUGAUAGGUCUGUCUAUUAGGAAGGGUGGGGUUUCCUUAUCUUCCCUGUCUCCCAGAAAUUUGAAAAGGAGACACAGGACAAGAGUCGAAGCAUGCAAAGCUGCUUAAAGAUUGCCAGAAGUACACAGGCUAAGAGUUCUAAAAAUCAAUCUUUAGAAACACUUAGAAGUGAGAAGGAAGGCCAUUCUAGGUUUUUUCGUUUUGUUUUUAUAAAAAAUGAUAAAUCAUCAACUCCAGUUAAGUGCUGAUUUACUGAGUUUAAAAAAGAAGGGUCUUGAAGCAAUUCUAGGAUACCAGCCAGUAGUGUGAGAGUUUGAAGCUUUCUGUCAUAAAAUACCCAACAAAGCAUCAGUAGUUUAUUUCUUGUGUAUUACAGGGACUAGCAAAUAGCAGUUAGGAACUAACAGAUACCAGAGCUGUAGUGGGAUUGCUGAUUCAGACAUUUCCUAUUCAGAAAAUGUUCUGUCCAGAGUUCUGAAGCCAUUUUAUAACAUUGUGGUCUUUUUUUAACAGCCUUAUUAUAAAAGCUAGUUCACUUUUGCUUUCACUGUAUAGCAUUUGUAAUCUACAGACCAAACCAACUUAGAUCAACAUUACAAUAGCUUUUCCAUAUAUGCCCCCUUUUCCUCAGGUGCUAAACAAAGGCUCCAAAAUGGAUACUGCUUUAGUGUCAUCUAUUUUAUUCUUAAAGUGCACAUUUCUUUUGCUAAUUAUAAAGAUUGGUGUUAACAAAGUGGUUUUAAUAUGUAAAUAUGAACGAAUACCUUUAGUUAGUUCUAUUUGUCUGUUAAGUCUUGGCAUUUAUCUUUUGUAGAUAAGUUUUCACAAUCUUAAAUACAUUUCAUUAGGUAUUGCAUCUUUAGAAUGAAAACUUUUUUGUCUUAGAUAACGCCUGCUGCUGCUGCUAUGAGAAAUUGAAAAUCAAGAAUGUGAUGCACUUUUUAACAUUACUAUAUACCAUAGGUUGCUUUAAUACCUUUUCUCUGUAGCACAGCCACUAACUAACAAGUGAACAGAGUUUAUAAUUCUCUUCAGGAGUGAGUCAGUAGUCUGUAGUUUGUGUUCACCUAUGAAGAGGACCGUAACUUAGGAAUUAAACUUUUGGUUAAUAUUAAUCUUUUUGGCCUUAAAGUGUCUUCUACUACUGAAAAUAGUUUAAAUCUUAGCUUUGUUCCUAUUAUUCCCUCUCUGCUUCAAAAAGAAUUGGGAAGGACUAAAGGAAGUUUUUGUUUUGUCAGUAAGCUGGCUGUUUUUUUUUUUAAUUGUAUCAGUAAAUUAAUGCUGCCCUAAAUCACUCAUAUUCUGCUUCUCUAGUAUAUAUUAAUUAACAAAGGUAAACAAAGUGUAAUAAGACUGCUACUUGACAAAGGAAAACUUUUCUCAAGCACAUACUCAAACAUGAAGGAGAAAAAACCCACAAAGUAUGUAGGGGAUGGACACCAAAUGAGGUGGAGGAAUGUGAGAAAGAUGUGUGGUCCAAAGCUAUCUGGUUAUGUUUUGAUGUUGCCAAUAUUACAGAGCCAAACUUUUAAUUUGCUUACUUAAUAUUUGUUGGCCAGAGAUCUAUUUUUAUAUCAGUGUGCCUUGCAUGUAUAUUAACUUUGGAAAGGCCAUGUAGUAAUGCCUGAGAUGCUGAUGGUCCUUAACACCUCACUGAUUUUUAAUGCAGUUGAAAUGAAAUGCUCAUUCUAUUGCCCAACUGGUGCUCUCUGUUUAAAGUCAUAGAUCUUGUCAAACUGGAAAUAUAUAAACAGGGGGAAUGACUUUUUCACUAGUCCCCCCCCACCCUAACCCCCCUUUUUUUUUCAGUCUGUUAGUGGCUGGUCUGUAGUGGGAAAUAGUAAAUACAUUCUUCCUCACUACCUACCCCAACACCUUCAGGUAAUGUGAUGACACCACUUCUUUGUGCGCUUUGAAAAGUUUCAGCUUGCUGUCACCUUUAGCGUUAUGAAAGGUGUUAUUAAAAGCAUUUUUUGCAAAAACACAGGAGGAUGAUGGGAGUCCACAUUCAUCGGGGAUUCUUUGUGAGCUUUGCACCAAAUCAUUGGCUCUUUCCAACAACAAAUUUUUUUUUAUUGUUAAAGCACCUUGCUUAGAAAUUUUUAAAUAUUCAUGUCUGCAACAAUUGUCUCUAAUAAACUGUGCAAUUCUUGUUAUUAAAAACAAAUACAAAACAGAUCUGAACUCUCCCUAAUGUGACUUGUUAGUUUCUGUAUUUCCUGCCAGUGUAAAUGUGAAAAGCUUUGCUUGCAUUACGUUUUAGAAAUGCAUUUUGCACACUCAGUUUUGCCGAAGCUCCGUGAAAAGGUUAGAUCUAAGUAGAUGAAUAAAGCUAUGCACAUGUUUUGAAAGUUUUGUGUGUCAUUACCAACAGUAAUCUCAUUAUUUUGCUAUUCUUAGCUUUUCCACCCUUGGAAACAUGGUUAAAAGUUACAAUUUUGGGCUAGCUCAUCAGUGGAAGUAGAAGCUAAAGGGAGGAAAACUGGCACCUGCUGAAUAAAGUUUAGUUGAAAUGAGAGCUUGACUUACAUUAUAAGGACUUUUCUUGAAACAGGGUAGUUGUGUCAGCUUUAUUAAACCAUUGGACCCAGUGAAAUUCUUAGUGAAAUUUUGAAUAUGAAAAAGAUGGAAAGUCAUUCCAGCUGAAAUGAAGGAAAGACCUUUGCCAUAUGAAGCUCUUGUGACAAUGUUAUAUCUUAAAGCUGGCUUAAAUGUAGGAUAGCCUGUUUAGCUUUGUUUUUGUUUUUCCUUCAUUGCUCUAACAUGAAUUUGAUUGACUGGAUGGUUAGAACACAGGUUGUGUUUUUAAAACCCAAGCUGAUCAGAACAAAUUCAGAAGUUGGGAAAAAAUUAGGUUCAUUUGCUGCAGUUGCAUGUUACUACAUAGCUUCACUUAUCAUGAAAUGUGCACUUAAUAAGGUUGUAUAGAUAGAUGUGCUGGCCAGAUUUUGUCAUUCAUCUGUUAACAUAACUUCUGUAAUUUCCUUAGGACAUUUGUAGGAGAGUUGGGUAAAAGAUAUUACCAAUGGUGUUUUCCCCAGGCUCUUAGAGAUAUUUUGUAACUUCUAUAUCUUCUCUUUCACCUUGGUGUGUGUUGUUGGUUUUGAAAAGACAGCAAAAAUUUUAUUCAUAGUAGAAGUUAAUAACUAAGUCAUAAAAUAUUCAAAAUGUGGUCUAUAAUGCAUAGCCUUAUAAACACAGGUAGUAGCAACAGCAUGGAUGGCUUUGAGUACUCUUCGCAUUUGUCAAUAGGUUUUAUGGUACUCACCUGUAAUCCUGGCAACCAGAAGACUAAAGCAGGAGGAUUGUGAGUUCAAAGUCAGACUGGCCUGCAUAGCAACAACAUAACAAAUUAUUGGAGAAGUAAUCUCUGUAUUGUGUACACAGACAUAUACUUAGAGCUGUGUUGCCUUUUAAUUUUGGGGAAGAAAAUUAGUGGAUUGCAGUUAUGUUAGAUGUUGGCCCGUCUCCCUCUCAAAAAAUUUUUUUGCCCAGUUUAAAAAGUAAUUAGAUAUUUUCUAGAUAGAAGAACAGCGACCAGAAAUUUACCAUUUUGCUAAAUAACUAAUUCUUAGGUACUUAUUAAAGUCGUUGCUGAUGUUAUGGAUUCCAAGGAAGUAUCAGUUACAUGAUGAUCUUCCUAUCAAUGUCUUAAUGUUCAGUGUUUUAAAAAUAAAAAAUUAACCUCCAAAACCAUACUCAGAUUCACUUAUUUUAUCAGCAAAACUUGAGAGAUUUGUAGAUCAAAUAAGACAAUAAGUGUACAUUGUUGAAUAAAAAAAUUUCAAGUU